CGCUCACCCAGAGGCCACUCCUGCGUGCAGCCCGAGGCCCCCUUCCCCCUGCCGGUCCGCAUGGCCACCCAAGCCCAGCAAGCAGCUUCUGGCCCGAGGCCGCGGCACAAAGGUUGAUCGCAGCCCCGGCCCCUCCCCCUCGCGUGCCCCGCCCCGCCCCGCCCCGCCCCGCUCUGGGAGGCGUCGCGACGGGCCACCCCGCCGGUCGACCUCCUGGGCCCGGGGCCUCGGUGCCCAGACAGAUGUCCGCCACGAUGUCCACCAGCGCGCCCCGCGCCUGCGCGGUGGAGUACAGGGAGAGGAUCGUGGAAGUGCCCCAGGUGCAGGUGCGCGAGGUCAUCAGGCAGGUGCCGAAGGUCGAGAUCCAGGAGGUCAUCCGUGAGGUGCCCGUCUACCACCAGAAGACGGUCGAGAAGGUAGUGCACGUGCCCCAGAUCCAGUACGUGGAGAAGGUGGUGGAGGUACCUGACGUGCAGGUGGUGGAGGUCGUCAAGCAGGUCCCGGUGUAUCACGACGAGGAGGUCGUCCGGGAGGUAAAGCGGGUGGAGAUCCAGGAGGUUGAGAAGGUGGUCGAGAUCCCGCAGAUAAUCCAUCAGGAGAGGAUCGUGGAGGUGCCGCACAUUGAGGUCCAGGAGGUGAUCAGGCACGUGCCCAAGAUCGAGGUCGUCGAGGUCCCCAGGGAGGUGAAGAAGGUCGUGACGUCACAGAGCGUCAGGGAGGUCCACGUGCCGCAGGUGCAGGUGGUCGAGAAGAUCGUUGAGGUGCCCGAGGUGCACGUGGAAGAGGUGAUCAAGUACGUGCCCGGCGACAUCGUGGUGCAAGAGGUCAUCAGGGAGGUGCCGAAGGUCACCACCGUGGAGGUCCAGAGCCAGAGGACGGUCACCGUGAGCGUCGCCGCACCAGUCUACAUGGGCAUGCCGACCUCCAGCGCUCCCGCAGAGCCCGUGGGUGCCCCCCCUGCGCCGACGGUGAUGAUGGAUCCCACCUAUGCGGUGGCGCCGCCGCAGUACGUGGACCCGCGGCCCCCGGCGCCGACGGAGCCCGUGCAGCAUGCCGCUACGCCCGUCGAGCCCAUCGAGGCCGCCCCCGGCGCCGCUCCCCUGGCGGAGCGCGUGCAGACGGACGCUCCUCCGGGCGUGCGCAUGGAGCCCGUGGCUACCUCGGCCUAGGAGGAGGCGGAGGAGGAGGAGGGGGGUGGAGGGGGCCGAUCGUGAAGACGGCCCGCCGAUCCCGGCGCGGCCCUCGCGACGCGCAGAUUUCCCGCGGCCUCGGCACCCCUGCUCGCUUAAGACGAGACGCUCGGUCGGGGCUGCUGCAUGAGAUCAAGAACAUGGUCGAUCCAUUCGUGAGAGAUUCGAUCGCC